AUGUCUGGAGCAUACGACGAGUCCGCCAGCCUGGAGGAGACCACAGACAGUUUCUGGGAGGUUGGUAACUACAAACGUACAGUGAAGCGGAUUGAUGAUGGUCACCGGCUUUGCAAUGACCUGAUGAACUGCAUCCAGGAGCGUGCCAAAAUAGAGAAAGCCUACUCACAGCAGCUGACGGAGUGGUCCAAGAGAUGGAGACAGCUGGUGGAUAAAGGGCCUCAGUACGGCACAGUAGAGCGAGCUUGGAUGGGGGUGAUGACGGAGGCGGAGAAGGUGAGCGAGCUUCACCAGGAAGUGAAAAACAAUCUGAUCAAUGAUGACUUUGAGAAGGUGAAGAACUGGCAGAAAGACUUGUACCACAAGCAGAUGAUGGGAGGAUUCAAGGAAACCAAAGAGGCAGAGGAGGGUUUCAAGAAGGCCCAGAAGCCCUGGGCCAAAAAGCUAAAAGAGCUCGAGGCUGCCAAGAAGUCCUACCACAUGGCCUGCAAAGAGGAGAAGCUGGCGUCCACCAGAGAGGCCAACAGUAAGGGAGAGGCCUCUGUGACCGCUGACCAGCAGAAGAAGCUCCACGAGAAGGUGGACAAGUGCAAACAGGACUCACAGAAGGCCAAGGAGAAGUAUGAGAAGGCUCUGGAUGAGCUGAGUAAGUGCACUCCGCAGUACAUGGAAAACAUGGAGCAGGUGUUUGAUCAGUGCCAGCAGUUUGAAGAGAAGAGGCUGAGCUUCCUCAGGGAGGUGCUGUUGGACGUCAAACGCCACCUCAACCUCACAGAAAACCAAAGUUAUGCUACAGUGUACAGAGAACUUGAACGCACCAUCACAUCAUCCAGCCCGCAGGAAGAUCUGAAGUGGUUCAGCAACACCCAUGGCCCAGGCAUGCACAUGAACUGGCCACAGUUUGAGGAAUACAACCCAGACCUCACCCACAACAUCUCAAAGAAAGAAAAGUCAAAGAAAGCCAAUGAUGGAGUCAUGCUGACCAACGUCACCACAGCAGUAGAUCACGCUCAGGCUGGAGACCGGGGAAGUGUCAGCAGCUACGAGAAGAAUCAGGCAUACACAGCCUCCACGGAGUGGUCGGACGAGGACCAGACAGCCCCGAACUCAGGCAACGACACCAACGGAGGGACAAACCCCUUCGAGGAAGAAGUGAGCAAAGGCGUGAGGGUGAGAGCGCUGUAUGACUACGAAGGCCAAGAGCAGGACGAGCUCAGCUUCAAAGCAGGGGACGAGCUGACGAAGCUGGAGGAGGAGGACGAACAGGGCUGGUGUAAAGGGCGUCUAGACAACGGCCAGCUGGGUCUGUACCCGGCCAAUUACGUGGAGCCGAUUUAGCCAUUCCAGCGAAGGACGCUUGUCUCGUCGGAGGGCAAACCCAGACUGAACCGUCCGGUCAUAACUGCACAUUGCCAGAGACUUGAAAGCAAAGCUUCCUCUCUCCACUGGGCACAGUGAGCUGUCUUCAUCUUGGCACUCAUCAUAGAGAAGACUCGUUCAGGAUCACAUCAUCGUCAUCAAAAUACUGCAAAUGCAGCAGAAAUAUUUUAGUCUCUUUUGUGUGUAGCUGUGUUUGAUUUCAGACGUGAUGCUAACAUGCCAUACAGUAUGUUCUCUCAUCAUAACACUGAUAUGGUAUCGUCAGUUGUGCCUGGAUAGCGAGAUGAGCUAUGCAUUGUGCAUUUCAUGUAUAUAUUUUAAUCUUUUUUUUUUUACAGUCUGGACGCUUGUACAGUUUUUUUUUGUCUCAUUGAAUACAGUGUUUUCUUUGUGAAAUAUUUACGUGUUCAGCAUUAAAGGAAUAGUUCGACAUUUUGGGGAAUGUCAAACACCGCACGACUUUACAAGCAAUUUCACUGUUGCAGACAAAUUUCCAAUGUUGAGAUGAAAUCAUGAGAGUUUUGCUACAGUUGUGGCGAGCUCCCGUGAUCUCAAUCGUUUGGUGUGAGGUAUUAGAAAACUCGGCCCGAGCUGUCUUAAGCCGUUCUUUUUCUCAUCUUGAUGUUCUGAUAAAAUCAUCGUUUAAUAUUAUUAUCAGUUUUUAGUCUUGGCUCAUGUAAAUAUUUAAGUCAGCAACCAAUAGCUGCGAUCUCUCCAGCUCCAAACAGGGAACAGCAAACUGGGUAGACAGUAAACAUGGAGGGGACUCCAGGGAGGCAUAAGAUUCUGAUUAAGUCUCAGUUCUCUUGGGCUACAUCCACACUAGUACAUUUUAGACUACUAGUACGCAUAACUAUUGUUAAGUUUACACUGCGUCCACACCGCUUCAGCGUUUUGGAAACACUAAAUCUGAGACCUUUGAGCACGCCGUCGACCCCAAUGUAGUCUGAAAACUUCAUGGUUGCAUUUUAGUCUGGAUGGGUGAAAACAAUGACGUUGAAACCUACGUUUGCUUCCUGACUGGGUCUUAUCAGUCACGACAUGUCAAGUUAAAACAUUAUAGCUUGGUCUACAUAUCUUUUGUGAUUUCAUCUUUCCAUGGCUUCCUCUGGUGAUGGAUGAUGCUCCAGGCACUGAUCUGAUAUAUGGCCGUAUUUGCUUUGUAACACCUCCCAAUCUGUUUCCCGCUGCCUUUACCAUCUUAUACUUAUACAUUCAGUAAGUGUUCUGACCCAUCAUUGGUCCAAGCUAAGAAAUCUUAGUACUUUUUGCCAUCUCCGUGGUAUUAUCCGAGAGUAGACAAUCUGCUUCCUGUUUACACCAGUAUGAACAUGCCCAGUGUUUGUCAAUGGUCAUGAAACAUACGUUUUCAGGUGUGUUAAUAUAGGCGGAGAUUAAUUCUGAAACGGUGCUAAAAUGCUCAUGUGUACGGAGAUUGUUCUUGUUUUAAAACGCUGUCAUAAAAUGAAAAACAGAAGGUGAGGUGUGGAUGUUGCCUUGGAUUGUUGAGAAGGAGGAGAAACACGAGUGCCUCUCUGAUGUGUCCUCCCAUUUGUAGCAUGGCAGAAUAGAGAACGAAAAAGUGGACAGAAAUUGUUGAAGCCCUGUCUUUGAAAAGUCUUUUGAAGAAUAAAGUCAGACACCCCCUCACAUCUAAAGACAAUGUGUCAUAAACAUUGUCUUUAGAUGUGAGAGGGUGUCUGACUUUAGUCCUUUAAAAGUAUUUUCAAAGGCUUUGAAAGUGUCUGUGGUAGGCAUUAGAUGUGAAGGUCCGUACCAGUCAUGUUUGUACUGUAAAUAUAAAGCUAGAGGCAGUCCCAGGUUAGCUUAUCUUAGUAUAAAGUGGAAACAGCUUUCCUGUCUCUGUCUAAAGGAAACAAAAUCCACCUACAAGCACCUCUAAAGCUCAACGAUUAACAACUUCUAUCUCCUUUGUGUAAUCCAGAGAGGGGGAGGCUCACAGGGUCAGACUUUGAAAACGCCUGGUUUAAUCCACGCAGAGUUGAAGUGAAUGGACUAUAUGCUGCAGAUAGGAGAGUCAAAAAGAGUUACAGCACAAAACUCCCUAUAAGAUCACAACUUUUCAUUUUUUGCACAGAUUAAGUGAGCUUUGCAGACAGAGACAGGCGAUCUAAUUUCCCCCUGCUUCUUCAUGUCUUUAUGCUAAGCUAAGCUAAGCUAACCAGCUGCUGGUGCACAAACACAAGAGUGAUACUAAACUUCUCCUCUAAGGGCACAGUCACACAUGCACAAAAUUAUCAUUGGCAAAUAUACUCCUGUUCACUUCAUUCAAGAGAAUAAAAGAUUUGCCUCCAGUGGCAAAGCAAAUUCACAUCUUUGAACCACGUUGAGUUCAACUUCAGUGAUCUUUGACCGGCGAAGUCACAGCCUCAACCAAUAGCAGAGAAGAGUAUGUGGAGAAGACAUUAGCCCCUGUUACACUGCCUCUUCAAGGCGGUUAUUCUGUAAAGAAGGUACAAUCGCAGAAUGGGAGGACAGAGUUUUCUCGCCUUUAACCUGGCGGCAGAGGUAGUAACAGCGCCGAAAUGACCUCAUUAUUAACAGGAUGGCCGGCAAGAUGGCAUCAUGGGUGGCACAGGUGUGACAAUUUAAUGACGUGUUAUGUGUGCAGCCCACCGUGGGAGAUUUAAAAAGCAGCUGUUAGCAGUUAGCAGCUAACUUAAGACUUAAGGAGGAGGAACAAUGGCCAAAAAUGCCCACAAAUGGAGAAAACAAUGAGAUUCAGGAGCUCCUUACAGGGAUGGUAAAUGAUUGGUAUAACCAUGUUAAUGCCACUGUUAUUGCUGAUAAAGUGCUGCCGAAGCAUAUGUUGUAUGUCACACUAGACGUUGACGCUGUUGUGUUACAUUUCACGCCCGUCACAUCUCUUUCAUUCCACGAUGCUGUUAUGCUAUCUAAGGGUGCUUUCACACCUUCCCUGUUUGGUCAGUUCAAUCAAACUCAAGUUCGUUUGCUCCCAAAGUGCGGUUC